GGUUGUUGAAUCCGUUAAAUUGAAUCUAGAACAAGGCAAACGAGCAAGAAAGUAGCGACAAAUGCAGUGGGUUGGAAAAGCUAGCGAGACAUGCAGCAUGAUUUUCACAGACUGCAUACGGUGGAUGUCACAAAUUACUUUUGCUUGUGGAACUGUUAGAGACUAGUUAGGUGGAUUUUUCCACUAAGUGACGAGUGCAUCAUUUAGUUGCAGUGAGCUGAUCCGAACGGACGGUAUACAAAUCGGUUAGUGGAAAUGAAACUUUUAUUCGCGAUGGUUGCGUUUGGUUUGUUCAUUGGAGAGUGCAGUGCAAAAGGAAUGGAACCGAGUGUUUUUACUAUCGAUAUGAAUGACAUUCUGAACGAAAAACUAAUGCCAGCUAGCUUUUUGAUGUUGGAAGGACCAGAAAAUCCCGAAGACCUUGUCGCAGAGAGUAGAAAUGAGGCGGAUGCUGUGAAUCCUACAAGUGGUUUGGUGAAUUUGACUCGAGAGGAUGGUACGUUUGGGACGGCGUACUCAACCAUGGGGUUUCAUAGGAAAAUGAUCAACAGCUACCUAUGCAACGGAUUUGUCGCCAAUCAAAUAAUGUCGGAGGUGAUACCAGGCGCGAUCGGAAUAUCUAGACGAGUUGGAACCGGUCUGAUGGUUACCGACAGCAUUAACCCAUCAUCCAAGGAUACGAUGCUUUAUGACCAAGGCUCAUCUGGUUACGUCGAUUGGUUAUCGAAAUCUACAACAUUGGAUGAUAUCUACCGUAACUACCUUUCGCCCUCAAUGUCCGUCAACAGCACUGAUCACUCCAAUCAUCGCGCGGAUUUAUCCCAACCCAUCUCAAAACCCAGAGUCGGAGUGGACGAAUACUUCGAUGAAGGAGUCAUCACAGGAUACGCGGUGCAUCAUCCCGAUCCACAAACUAUGCAACAAGCUCAGCUGCCCUAUCAAGGAGGCCACAACCCCUACCAGCAUCAUCGAUCUUCCUACAACCCGAACCAUUUCCAACAUUCGAAUUCACCACCAGCGUUUGCGCCACAGCCUGCUGCGAGUCACACUCACAACCAGUAUGAACUCCUGCAGGGUGAAACUCCAUACAACGAAGCCCGCGGAGACUACUCCUAUCACACGUCAAUCGGGAUCGAGGAGAAAACCAUCGGCAAGGGACUGGGCCUGAAAGACUUAUUCGAUAUUGCCCUUACCACGUUGGCGUUCCUCUCGUUUGGGAUGUUCAUUCUGCAGGUGAUCAUGUGCAUAACGAUGACCAAAACGGAUGCCAACAUGAUGAUGAUUCCGGUCGAUACGGAUGUAGACGGAGAUGGGGCCGUGGAGGUACGGAGGAGAACGGCUCGAUCCUUGCUGGAUAUGGAUAGCGCCAGGUUGAGGGAAAUAAACCAGAUCGCUCGAAGGGUGCUCGACUCGAUGGAUGCGGCGCUUUACGCUAGGCAGGACGAGGGACAAUGCGUGCAGCGGGUUAUUUGCGAGGGACAGCGGAUGUCGAAGGAGCUGAAGUACACCAGAGGAUAUUGGAUCUCUAUGUGGAAUUUGGGAAUAAGCUGGUUGGCUGGAAAUAUGGUAGAUCCAAAUACCAGUUCAGGAGCAAUACUCGGCUGCCUAAGGGCUAUGUUAGUUGGAUUGGGGGGAGGAAAAUGUGACAAGGUAUAUGCCUGUACAAAGCCUCAGAGUACGGGUUCAAUUAAGUUCUAAUUCAUUUAAUAUUGAUGUGAUUUCAUAUAUUUUGACAAAUAAA